CCGCAAACAGCAUACUCAUUAAGCCAUUACCAAAAGACUCGGCCAGAAGCGUACCUAACCUAACCCAACCCACAUAACAAACAUCGACCCGGUUCCUUAUAAUUUCAUCGGGUUAUCAGUCAAAUUAUCCAGAUCCUCUUUUUUAUCCCCAAAUUCAAUUCAAUUCAAUAAACAAAAACAAACCCUAACUGGACCAUCCAAUCCAAUCGGAUUACACAUAACACCCCUUUUUUUAUAAUCAAAAACUAACCCACUGCUGCAAAUUAUAUAUAGGUUUCCAUCAAGUUGAUAUGAUGGAAAUACAAACUGAAACUCCUGUUAAGAAACCAAAGAGGUUAACAUCUGUGGUUUGGAAUCACUUUGAAAGGGUCAGGAAAGCCGAAGGAUGUUAUGCCGUUUGUGUACAUUGUCAAAAGAAGCUAAGCGGAUCCAGCAAUAGCGGAACUACUCAUCUAAGAAACCACUUAAUGCGGUGUUUAAAAAGAUCCAAUUUUGACGUUUCACAAAUACUCGCGGCAAAAAGAAAGAGAAAAGAAGACCCUGUUCCCAUUGCAAAUGUUAGCUAUGAUGAAGUGCAAAGAAAAGAAGAAAACAUCAUGCCCAUAGCUUACAAGUUUGACCAAGAUUCAAAGAUAGAAGAAGCAGUUAACUUUGGAAGUGUUAAGUUUGACCAAGAACGAAGUCGGCUUGACUUGGCCCGUAUGAUCAUGUUACAUGAUUAUCCACCGGCUAUGGUAGAACAUUUGGGAUUCAAAAUAUUCGUUAAGAAUCUUCAACCCAUGUUUGAAGUUAUGACCACAGGUGUUAUCGAGUCUGACUGUUUGACUAUCUAUGCAAAAGAAAGACAAAAGGUGUUUGACAUCAUACGGAAUUUACAUGGCAGAAUAGGUCUGGCUGUUGGUAUGUGGUCUUCACCAGAGAAUGUCGACUUCCUGUGUUUGACCGCAAAUUACAUUGACGACAAUUGGAGGUUGCAGAGGAAAGUAUUAAAUUUCUUGACUUUAGAUUCCUCUCAAACAGAGGACGCAUUAUCGGAUUUGGUUAUUAAGUGUUUGAUGGAUUGGGAUGUCGACCGGAAGUUAUUCUCUAUGACACUAGAUGAUUGUUUCAGUUACGAUGAUAUCGCCUCGAGAACUAAAAGUUGGCUAUCUCAAAAUCGCCCCCUUUUGAAGAACGGUGAAUUAUUCGACAUGAGAUGUGCUUCACAUCUUGUGAAAUCCCUGAUUCACGAUUCUAUGGAAUCACUUAAAGACUUGACACAAAAGAUUCGGGAAAGUGUUAGAUAUGUUAAAAGUUUAUCAGUGACACAAGGGAAAUUUGACGAGUUUGCUCAACAGGUUGGAAUUACCACUGAAAAGCGUUUAUCUCUUGAUAAUCCAUGGAGAUGGAACUCAACAUAUCUUAUGCUUGAAACAGCUUUAGAAUACAGGAAUGCAUUUGAUGUACUUCAAGAGCAUGAUUCUGCCUACACAAUCUCUUUAUCUGAUGAAGAAUGGCAAUGGGCGAGUUCAGUUACUUCUUUUAUGAAACUUCUUUUCGAGGUUACAAACGUUUUUACCCAUUCAAAUAGCAAAUAUCCUACUGCUAACAUAUAUUUCCCAGAAAUAUGUGAUGUUCAUAUCCAGUUGAUUGAUUACUGCAAAAAUCCAGAUGAAUUUAUUAGCUCCCUUGCAACCAAAAUGAAGAUCAAGUUCGAUAAGUAUUGGGAUAAAUGCGGGUUAGGGUUAGCAAUAGCAGCUAUCUUGGAUCCAAGAUUCAAGAUGAAACUUGUAGAGUAUUACUAUAAUCAGAUUUAUGAUGCUGAUGCUCCCGAUCAUAUCCGGGAUGUUUCUGAGGGCAUCCGAGAGCUUUUUAACGAGUAUACUAUAGACCCAGGUUCACUUGAUGACGAAGCGAAUCAGGUUGGCAGCGGUUUAGCUGGUACUAGUAAUGUGGCCCGAGACCGUUUGAGGGGCUUUGACAAGUUCCUUCAUGAAAGUUCAAACCACCAAAGCGGGGUUUCGGAUCUUGACAAGUAUUUAGAGGAACCUGUAUUUCCAAGAAAUUCUGAUUUUAAUAUAUUGAAUUGGUGGAAAGUUCACACACCGAGGUACCCAAUCUUGUCUAUGAUGGCACGUGAUAUUCUGGGGGUUCCUGUGUCGACGCUUACACGGGAGCUGUCAUUUAGCACAGGUGGUAGAGUAGUUGAUAAGCAUUUGAGAUAUGUUGAUUCUGAUAUUCGACAAGCUUUGAUUUGUGGGCAAGAUUGGCUUCGAAUGGAACCUGAAGACACCAUCUCCGCGGCACUUUCUGUUGUUCCCCUUGCCAUUGAAUUGUCAUAGUUGCGAUAGCCUCACAGGUUGAUAGAAUUUGAUGAUGAGUACAGAUGACAAGAGGUCAUGUUUUACUACAGGUUAUGCUUUUUGGAUAACUUCACUGGCUCUAUAUUGCUGCAGCAAGGCAUUAUGGGGAUAAUGGUAAUUAGAGCUUUGCAUAAAAUUAGUUCUGUUAUGGUGCUGACUAAAUGGACGUUAAUAGAGGUUUAUUUUCUUCUUGAUUUUGGAUUAUAAUUGUGAACAAAUUUGAUGAAUUCUUCAUUGAUCCUAAUGGGGUUUUAUGUAUUUAUCUUUAUGAGUGAAAGAAUCAGAUGGUCUUUUAGGUGUUUUUAA